GGAAUUUGUGCCGUAAACGAUUUUUGUACGCGCCUUCCAACAAGAAAUUCUGGAAAUUUUGUUAUAUUUUCAAAAUAGAAUAAAAGAAAAAAAAGUAAGAAAACAAAAUGUCUUUGGAAUGCCCCUCAAAUCCCGUGUACAAUACAUCUGUUGAACAGAAACUAAAAUCUAAAAAUGCAGCCAAAUUACAUCGUUAUGGAGCAGCCAAACUUAGGGAUAUAUUAAGAGAGAAAUGUGUAAUUCGUGCCAAGGAGGCCCGUCAACAAUGCUAUAGCCAAGGCCGUCUAGACGAGGAUGGUAAAGCAAUUUUGAGUAAGAUAUCCGUAAAUGACAUUCUGCGUCAGGAACUGGCUGAGCUGGAACACGAUAUUGACUUACAAAAUGAAAUUUACAAUGAAAUAUUGGAAGAAUUCAACGAAUGGUUUGCUCAGGAAUUGGAAAAUGAGCAAAACUAUUUGCUGGAAGUGGCGGAGUCACAAGCAUUAGUUUGUCCAGUGUGUCAGAUUAAUAAUUUAGUUGCCUACAAGACAAAUGAACAGUUCAACUACAGAUGCAAAUGUAAUGCCAACUUUUAUUUUCAAUUGGAUUUGCCGUCAUUGCAAUCUGAGUUAUUGGCCCGCGUCGAUGCCCACGAAACUGCCUGUUUAAACAAAUUGAAUUUCUUUGUUAAUCCAACGAACAACAAAUUAGAAGCGCUGUGCGAUAAUUGCGAUUAUUUUUGUAGUUUGUAAGUUUCGAUUUGUUGUUAUCAUAAGAUAAUUUUAUUAUUUGUACUAAGAAUAUGAAAUGUAAAUUAAUUAAUAUUGUAAUGAAUUUUGUAAAAUUGAAGUAAAUAUGAAAUGAACUCAAAUACAAGUAUGGAGUUCUCU